AUGAAAUGUUACAUUAUCUUCUCUGGAGUUGUUACCAUUCUGAUUUAUCUUAAAUAUUCUGUUAAUGGAAGAUGGCCUUACAAUGACAAACACAGAUCUUUCUUGAACUCCCAACUUCAGAAUGGUUUAAGGCAAGAAAUUUUGAGGAGACACGAGGACCUGAUUAUCUUUUACAAAGCUUUAUUGGAAGAAUUUAGUAUUAAAACAUCACCGAUGGAUAUUGAACUGGACACAGUCAACGUGCUGGACUUCCAUAUUCCAACAGAAGAGAACGUUCCGCCUGGAACAUUGGGUUGUGUGGACCUUCUUCAUUUAACAGCAGUAGAUUACAUUGGGUCUGGAUUCACCAAAUUGGUUUUAAAGGGCACUAUAUUGGAUGGGAGAUCAAUAGCACUCAAGUAUGUGCAUAGUGAAGGCAAUGACAUAAAGCAGUGUGUAGAUCUUCACAAAGACCACGUAGGUUGUCACAGGCUGGCCACUUACAAACUACAGAAAGAAGUGGCCCUUCUGCAGAUCCUACGCCACCCCGGUAUUAUCAAGUUGCAUGGACAAUGUUACCAUAACACUGUUGGCCCUGACAUUAGGGUCACUGCAAUGAUGGAGCUUGGGACCCCUAUUCAAAUGAUUCAGCUCCUGCAAGCCCCCUGGGAAGAGAGAUUCAAAAUCUGCUUUGAACUGGUGCAGUUGUUACAUUAUUUGGCCAACUCGCCUAUGGGAUCUAUAGCCCUUCUCGAUUUCCAGCCCCGGCAGUUUGUCUUAGUGGAUGGAAGUCUGAAAGUGACAGAUGUGGACGAUGCCAUUACCAAAGAGCUGACAUGCACCCAAGAUGAAGACUGUACCCUCGACUUCCCAUCCAAGACAUUUGCCCUCAAGUGUUCUGCAACUGGGACAUGUGAAGGAAUCAAUGAAAAGAGGAACCUGUACAAUGCAUACAGGUUUUUCUUCACAUAUCUUCUCCCUCAUGCUCCACCUCUAGCGGUGCAACCGCUUCUCCAGGACAUCAUGAAUGGCACAGGUGACCUACGCUUUGGGAUAAACGAUACACUGAAGUCAUUUGAAAAUGUUUUGAAUCUGUACAAGUCAGGAAUGGAUCAUCACAACGAAUCAGAGUAUCUAAAAGACUAUCUUAGACUGGACGGUUUCCGGAUAAUUGACAAUAACGAUCAUUUCAGAUGCUGGCCAUCCUACAAUCACCUGGGCUGUCUUCUGUCUGUGCACAGCGCCGAGGAAGCGGCCGAAAUUUGCAGCAAUCAUACCAGAUGUCAAAAUUUUGUUAUUGGUCAACAAAGAACAUGGACAGGUCGACUGCUGACUUCAUUCACAAGUGGCCCAGUUAAACUCGUUCCUGACGUUAACUCACAAGUCUACGUAAAAAAAAACAGUGACUCGUGACAUCAAGAAAGUCCAAGAAACCCUCCAAUUAAAUUCAAUGGAAACUUGUACCGGCUGCACAAAAAUUUCAGUAUAUUCCAUUUGUAAGAAAUAUAACCUGUGCAUGUCACAGAAUGACGAAUUCAGUACAAAUGUUAUGAACUAUUAUGCAGAGGAGGAUUAAGAUCGCACAAGGUCCUAGGCUGGUUUAUCCCCCCCUUCCCCUUCAUUCUUCACAUUGGGAUUAUUAAUGGGGCCAAGCACAUUGUAACCUAGGCCCUAGGUGGCUGCCAAGGGGGAGUUUAUGGUUAAUCCUGCCCUGCUACUAUCUAUUAACGUAACUGCACACUGAUUACCAUUGUAUAAUUAUCUGUGUGCUAUAACCGCACAUAUUGCA